AUGGUUGCUAAACAAGGAGUACCUCUCACAUAUGGUUCAGAUUUAUUGAUGGAGGAAAAAACCCAAGGAGUCUUUUUCCAUCAGAUGUUCCCAAGUGUGGCACUCCAGUAUGAGGGUAUUCUCAGGUUAUUGCUGUAUUUCAGCUGGACAUGGGUUGGAGUGGUUUACCUGAAUGAUGUGAAUGGAGAGAGAUUCGUACAGGAAGUGCUCCCUGUGUUCUCCAAGAAUGGCAUCUGUUUUGACAUCAUACAAAGAUUCCCACAGCUAACUCUAUCUGUCUUUGUUGAUCAAAUGAUGGAGGAGGCACUUGACACACUCUGGCGUAUCAGGAAAAGCACUGCAAAUGUAUUCAUAGUCCACGGUGAAAUUCAGACCUUCUUUGUUUUGAGAACGGUACUUUAUUUGUCAGAAUUUGAGAGUGUACCAAUGGCAACAAAGCUCUGGAUUAUGACAGCUCAAAUGGAUUUCACAUCAAUUCCAUUUCAAGACGAUUGGAACUUAGAUUUCAUCCAAGGUGCUUUGUCACUUGCAGUACACAGAAAGGAAUUGGUUGGCUUCCAGAACUUUGUUGAAACCAGAAGUCCUAAAAGUAGAAGAGAGGAUGGCUUCAUCAAAGCUUUUUGGGAACAAGCUUUUAAAUGUGUGUUCCCCAUUUCUCUGGAAGACCAAGAGGGGAACAAAAUCUGCACUGGGGAAGAGAAAUUAGACUCUCUUCCUGCAUCUGUUUUUGAAACAAGCCUGACUGCUCACAGCUACAGCAUCUAUAAUGCUGUUCAUGCAGUAGCUCAUGCUCUGCACGAUAUGCAUCCAACCAAAUCCAUGUUCAGAUCAAGAACAAAGAGAGAAGGAUGGAAACUUCUGCAACUCUCUCUGUGGCAGACAUGGCCCCUUUCUCUCUGUAAUGACAAAUGUCAUGGAGGCACCAGUAAGACAAAGAUAGAAGGGAAGCCAAACUGUUGCUACAAUUGCUUUCCAUGCCCUGAAGGGAAAAUUUCAAACCAGACAGAUAUGGAUGAUUGUGUCCAGUGUCCAGAGGAUAAAUAUCCAAACUAUGACCAAGAUGCAUGCCUUCCAAAAGAUAUAAGCUUCUUGUCUUAUGAAGAAUCUUUAGGGAUCAGUUUGGCCAUAUUUGCUCUUUCCUUCUCUUUUGUUACAGCUGUGGUACUUAAAAUCUUCCUCAAGCACCAGGAUACUCCCAUCGUGAAGGCCAACAACCGGAACCUUACCUAUACUCUCCUCAUGUCUCUUUUCCUCUGCUUCCUUUGUACCUUGCUCUUCAUUGGACGGCCUGAGAAGAUAGCCUGCCUCUUCCGCCAAACAGCUUUUGGCAUCAUCUUUACAGUGGCGGUUUCUUGUGUGUUAGCCAAGACCAUCAUUGUGGUUCUGUCCUUCAUGGCCACCAAGCCAGGAUCCCAAAUGAGGAAAUGGGUGGGGAAAAGACUAGCAACCUAUAUUGUUCUUUCUAGCUCUUUUAUUCAAGCCUCUAUUUGUACGGUGUGGUUGGCAACCUCACCUCCAUUCCCAGAUUUGGAUACUCAGUCAGUAACUGAAAAAAUUGUUCUGGAAUGUAAUGAAGGUUCUACUAUCAUGUUUUAUUGUGUAUUGGCUUUUAUGGGUAUCUUGGCUGUUAUCUGUUUUACUCUUGCUUUCCUGGCCAGAAAGCUGCCUGAUAGUUUUAAUGAAGCCAAGUUUAUCACUUUCAGCAUGUUGUUAUUUUGUGCUGUUUGGUUGUCCUUUGUUCCAACCUACUUAUGCACCAAAGGAAAAUACAUGGUGGCUGUGGAGAUCUUCUCCAUUUUGGCCUCUGGUGCUGGUUUAUUGAUUUGUAUCUUUUCUCCCAAAUGCUAUGUAAUUGUCUUAAGGCCUGAGUUAAAUAGCAGGGAACAUCUGAUGAGGCGAAAAAAAUAA